AUGCCACCUCAAACGUCGACCAAACCAAAUCAAGGUCUCUCUACUGCUGCAGAAAGAUCUUCAAGAAAGAGGGAUCAAGUCCAAAAUGCGGCCAGCAUCGCACUGGAUGUAGUCGCAAACGUAGCAGAGGCGUCGGAUAUCCUCGCGCCUCUCAAGGCAGCCUGCAAAACAACAAAGUCAAUCAUCGACGUCAAGCAGACCAUCGAUGACAAUCAAGGAGACUGGAACGACCUAGUACGCCGCCUGGAGGAAUAUAUGUGGGCUAUCGAGAGCCAAAUCGACUCUCUCGAAAAGUAUCCUCCAGAGGAUAGGGCUGUCGACGAGGCGUUUAGCCAGCCUCUCGUUCGUUAUGUCGAACUUCUCGAGGAUAUUCAUUGUGCCAUUGUCAAUGAUGCGCAUAAGCGACGCCGCACCAGCCGCAGUGCUUUUACAGCCAUCGGAAAUGUGAGGAUCGACGCUGGGAUGAUUCUAAAAUUCAACCAAGAGAUCGAGGAUCGACAUAGGCAAUUCACGGCCGCUUUGGAUCUGUUCAUUGGACACCGCGUUCAGGUCAUCGAACGGAACACCAAGGCCACCAAGUCGGACGUCGAUGCAUCUUUCAUAUUCCAACUCCCGAUGGUGGCAUUCGUCCCAUCCUCGGUACACACCACCUGUCUACAAGGCACACGUCAGGCUGUUCUCCAGACAAUCCGGAACUGGGCCGAGGACGAUACCUCGGAUAAACGAAUAUUCUGGCUUUGCGACAUAGCUGGCUCCGGCAAGUCCACAGUCGCCAUGUCAGUAGCGGCAUCGUGGCGCACGGAAAGAGCUCUAGGAGGCCAGUUUUUCUUUUCAAUGUCCAAUAACGAUACAUCGACCACCGAAAAGUUCUGUUCGACUAUGGCAAGAGAUCUUGUCCAUCACAUUCCAGAACUCGCACCGCACGUCGCAGAUGCUGUGAAGCGAAAUCCUUCGAUCAUGCGAAGCUCACUUGAAGAACAGUUCCGCACACUCAUCACCGAUCCACUCCGCUAUCGACAGGAGCGUGUAGUUCUCAUUGUCGACGCUAUAGACGAGUGCAAAUCCGGACCUCAGCGAAGGGAGCUUCUCGACACGCUCGCUAAAGCCGUUCGAGAAAGCAGGAACGUCAAGAUCUUCAUUACGAGUCGGCCAGACCCUGUCAUCGAAUCAGUUCUUCAGCCACUCUCGAUCAAAUCUAAACUGGAAGACCGACUCCACGAUAUUAAACAUCGUGACAACGUGGAUGACAUCGCCGCCUAUGUCCACCAAUCACUCUACACCGUUCUGCCCCAGGACAAGAGGCAACGGCUGAUUGAGAAGUCGAGCGGGUUGUUCAUCUGGGCCAGUACCGCAUGUCGGAUGAUCAACAAUGAAACGACAUGGGAAGCGCCUGAGAGCAUAUAUGGCUCGUUGGUCUCAGCGGACCAAACUGGAGAGAUCGACGAGGUAUACAAACUCAUCUUCGAGAGGACAGAUCCCAAAUACCAUACCAUCAUGUGGAGCAUGCUUGCGCUACUCCUCGCUGCAUUCGAACCACUUACCGCCGAGGAUCUUGAUAAUAUUCUCAAGCAUAGCAGACUACGGGGAAAUUCCAAGGCAACAAAAGUCAUUCAGUUUCGUCACCCUACUCUUGUGGAAUAUCUGCGACGGCGCUGUCUAGGCCCAGACCUCAAAGAGCUGAGUGGAAUGUAUAUAGAUAUCGCCAAUGCGCACGGUCAAAUUGCAUCGUGGGGUUUCAAUAAUCUUCAAGCACCGAAGGAAGGCCUCAAGUUCAAUAUAUGUGAAAUCGAGUCGUCCUUCUAUCGAAACAGAGAGAUGCCGGAUCUAGAGGCAAGAAUAUCAAAGUUCAUCAGAAUGAACGUUCGAUAUGCGAGUUUACACUGGCCGUUUCAUAUGGCCGAAACGGAUAGCAAAUGGAGAAGCAAGCUCAGAAAUGAAGUUGAACAGAUUAUUCGAGUUCCAUAUGUACUAUAUUGGAUGGAGGUCCUGAGCCUGAUUGGAGGACUGCCUCGAGCUAUAGAUGGGCUCCGAGCUGUGACGCGCAAUACUGUGAGUGGCUCGCCUCAAUAUAUUCGCAUUUUUAACAAAGGAAAGGUUGAAAAAGAGGCUAAGAGCCGCAUAAGUGAAGUGAUGCGGUUUAUGAUGGCAUUUUCAGUACCUAUUCAAGAGAGUGCUCCGCACAUCUACAUCUCGGCGCUUCCGUUCACACCUACAGAAUCGCAUCUGCAUAUUGAGGGGUUAGAUAUGUAUAAGAACACUCUCAAAGUGACUAGAGGGCUGGAGAAGACAUACCGGGGACUUCCAGAAGCGCUUCGGGGACAUACAAAUAUGGUCAUGGCAAUCGCAUUUUCACCAGACGGCUCACGCAUUGUCUCUGGAUCGUAUGAUAAUACGAUUCGACUAUGGGAUGCGGAGACGGGCCAGUCGUUGGGAGAACCACUCCGAGGCCACACAAGCUCGGUCACCGCCGUCGCAUUCUCACCAGACGGCUCGCGAAUCGUCUCUGGCUCGGGCGAUCAUACCAUUCGACUAUGGAAUGCGGAGACGGGCCAGUCGUUGGGAGACCCACUCCGAGGCCACACAAACUCGGUCACCGCCGUCGCAUUCUCACCAGACGGCUCGCGAAUCGUCUCUGGCUCGGAUGAUAAGACGAUUCGACUAUGGAAUGCGGAGACGGGCCAGUCGUUGGGAGACCCACUCCGAGGCCACACAAACUGGGUCACCGCCGUCGCAUUCUCACCAGACGGCUCGCGAAUCGUCUCUGGCUCGCACGAUCACACGAUUCGACUAUGGAAUGCGGAGACGGGCCAGUCGUUGGGAGACCCACUCCGAGGCCACACAAACUCGGUCAGGGCCGUCGCAUUCUCACCAGACGGCUCGCGAAUCGUCUCUGGCUCGGAUGAUAACACGAUUCGACUAUGGAAUGCGGAGACGGGCCAGUCGUUGGGAGACCCACUCCGAGGCCACACAAACUGGGUCAGGGCCGUCGCAUUCUCACCAGACGGCUCGCGAAUCGUCUCUGGCUCGGAUGAUAAGACGAUUCGACUAUGGAAUGCGGAGACGGGCCAGUCGUUGGGAGACCCACUCCGAGGCCACACAAACUCGGUCACCGCCGUCGCAUUCUCACCAGACGGCUCGCGAAUCGUCUCUGGCUCGUGGGAUAACACGAUUCGACUAUGGAAUGCGGAGACGGGCCAGUCGUUGGGAGACCCACUCCGAGGCCACACAAACUGGGUCACGGCCGUCGCAUUCUCACCAGACGGCUCGCGAAUCGUCUCUGGCUCGCACGAUCACACGAUUCGACUAUGGAAUGCGGAGACGGGCCAGUCGUUGGGAGACCCACUCCGAGGCCACACAAACUCGGUCACCGCCGUCGCAUUCUCACCAGACGGCUCGCGAAUCGUCUCUGGCUCGCACGAUCACACGAUUCGACUAUGGAAUGCGGAGACGGGCCAGUCGUUGGGAGACCCACUCCGAGGCCACACAAACUCGGUCACCGCCGUCGCAUUCUCACCAGACGGCUCGCGAAUCGUCUCUGGCUCGUGGGAUACGACGAUUCGACUAUGGAAUGCGGAGACGGGCCAGUCGUUGGGAGACCCACUCCGAGGCCACACAAACUGGGUCAGGGCCGUCGCAUUCUCACCAGACGGCUCGCGAAUCGUCUCUGGCUCGGAUGAUAAGACGAUUCGACUAUGGAAUGCGGAGACGGGCCAGUCGUUGGGAGACCCACUCCGAGGCCACACAAACUCGGUCAGGGCCGUCGCAUUCUCACCAGACGGCUCGCGAAUCGUCUCUGGCUCGUGGGAUAAGACGAUUCGACUAUGGAAUGCGGAGACGGGCCAGUCGUUGGGAGACCCACUCCGAGGCCACACAAACUCGGUCAGGGCCGUCGCAUUCUCACCAGACGGCUCGCGAAUCGUCUCUGGCUCGGAUGAUAACACGAUUCGACUAUGGAAUGCGGAGACGGGCCAGUCGUUGGGAGACCCACUCCGAGGCCACACAAACUGGGUCAGGGCCGUCGCAUUCUCACCAGACGGCUCGCGAAUCGUCUCUGGCUCGCACGAUCACACGAUUCGACUAUGGAAUGCGGAGACGGGCCAGUCGUUGGGAGACCCACUCCGAGGCCACACAAACUCGGUCACCGCCGUCGCAUUCUCACCAGACGGCUCGCGAAUCGUCUCUGGCUCGUGGGAUACGACGAUUCGACUAUGGAAUGCGGAGACGGGCCAGUCGUUGGGAGACCCACUCCGAGGCCACACAAACUCGGUCAGGGCCGUCGCAUUCUCACCAGACGGCUCGCGAAUCGUCUCUGGCUCGGAUGAUAAGACGAUUCGACUAUGGAAUGCGGAGACGGGCCAGUCGUUGGGAGACCCACUCCGAGGCCACACAAACUGGGUCACCGCCGUCGCAUUCUCACCAGACGGCUCGCGAAUCGUCUCUGGCUCGGGCGAUCAUACCAUUCGACUAUGGAAUGCGGAGACGGGCCAGUCGUUGGGAGACCCACUCCGAGGCCACACAAACUGGGUCAGCGCCGUCGCAUUCUCACCAGACGGCUCGCGAAUCGUCUCUGGCUCGGGCGAUCAUACCAUUCGACUAUGGAAUGCGGAGACGGGCCAGUCGUUGGGAGACCCACUCCGAGGCCACACAAACUGGGUCAGCGCCGUCGCAUUCUCACCAGACGGCUCGCGAAUCGUCUCUGGCUCGGAUGAUAAGACGAUUCGACUAUGGAAUGCGGAGACGGGCCAGUCGUUGGGAGACCCACUCCGAGGCCACACAAACUCGGUCACCGCCGUCGCAUUCUCACCAGACGGCUCGCGAAUCGUCUCUGGCUCGGGCGAUCAUACCAUUCGACUAUGGAAUGCGGAGACGGGCCAGUCGUUGGGAGACCCACUCCGAGGCCACACAAACUCGGUCACCGCCGUCGCAUUCUCACCAGACGGCUCGCGAAUCACGGGCCAGUCGUUGGGAGACCCACUCCGAGGCCACACAAACUGGGUCAGCGCCGUCGCAUUCUCACCAGACGGCUCGCGAAUCGUCUCUGGCUCGGGCGAUCAUACCAUUCGACUAUGGAAUGCGGAGACGGGCCAGUCGUUGGGAGACCCACUCCGAGGCCACACAAACUGGGUCAGCGCCGUCGCAUUCUCACCAGACGGCUCGCGAAUCGUCUCUGGCUCGGGCGAUCAUACCAUUCGACUAUGGAAUGCGGAGACGGGCCAGUCGUUGGGAGACCCACUCCGAGGCCACACAAACUCGGUCACCGCCGUCGCAUUCUCACCAGACGGCUCGCGAAUCGUCUCUGGCUCGCGCGAUCAUACCAUUCGACUAUGGAAUGCGGAGACGGGCCAGUCGUUGGGAGACCCACUCCGAGGCCACACAAACUGGGUCAGGGCCGUCGCAUUCUCACCAGACGGCUCGCGAAUCGUCUCUGGCUCGGAUGAUAAUACGAUUCGACUAUGGAAUGCGGAGACGGGCCAGUCGUUGGGAGACCCACUCCGAGGCCACACAGACUGGGGAGGCGCCGUUGCAUUCUCACCAGACGGCUUGGAAAUCACGUCGGUUCCGGCUGGCAGCACAAUUGCACUAUGGAACACCGCAUUUGCCGAGUUAUCCAACCAUAAUGGUCAGUUGAGCCAGUCAAUCCAGGAUGGCCUUAUCUCGCAUCAAAAUACCCUGGCUUUAUUGAAAGUUAUGCUUUCCCAGCUCCGAACAUUUACUCUCUCUGAUGACGGUUGGGUGCAUCUCUCAGGGAAGCUUCUAUUUUGGGUUCCACCAGACAAUCGGCUCUCAUUAGCGUCUCCACUCCUCCUCAACUUACCAACGUCCAGCCCUCCCUACCCGACCAAAUUCGACUUCGCUCAUUUCCACUGUGGCCCUUCAUGGACAAAAGUCCGAGACAGCAUUAAUCAAUGA